AUAUUCUAUGAUGAAGACAAUGUAGCAACACUGAUUAUUAGAGAAGUUUUUCCUGAAGACGCGGGUACAUUUACGUGUGUAGCUAAAAACAUAGCUGGAUUUGCAUCAAGUACAACGGAAUUAACUGUCGAAGCACCAUUAUCAGACCAUGGAUCUGAUAUUACUGGUCUUUCCAGAAAAAGCAUGUCCAGAGAAUCGUCUUUAGCUGAUAUACUAGAAGGCAUACCGCCAACAUUUUCACGUAAACCUAAAGCUACAUGUACACCAGAGCACACAGACGUCGAACUCGAAUGCCGCCUUGUAGCAGUACCGGAACCAGAUAUAUUCUGGCAUUAUAAUGGUAAAGAAAUUUCGAACACAGAUUCUGUUAAAGUAGACACAUACUCAGAUAUGCACUUCUACGUGAGCACCGUCAAAAUCAGCGAUGUCAAAAAAUCUCAAGAAGGAGUAUACUCUGUUAUUGCUAGAAAUAGAGAAGGCGAAGCUAAAAUGGACUUAGUACUCAAAGUUAAAACAGGACUACCAGAGAAACCACAAAUACUUGAACCCCUUUACGAUAUCACUAUAAACGAAGGAGAAACAGCGGUUUUAAGUACUCAAAUUAGCGGGGAACCACAACCUACAGUUGAAUGGCUAAAAAACAGUAAGAAAAUAACAGAUAUCAAGACAGUCGUCACUAAAGAUGGCCUUCAUUCAAUCACUAUCGAUAAACCAACACCCCGGGAUUCCGCAAAAUACACAGUAAUCGCCUCUAACAAACUUGGAACUGCACAAACAACGUGUUUCCUGGCAGUUGAAGAACUUCCAGGUCCACAAGCACCUUUGUUUAUUGAACGGUUUCAAGAACAAACCGUAAAAGAAAAUGGUACAAUAACAUUGAUGGCUAAGGUGACCGGAAAUCCAAUUCCUACCGUUUCUUGGUUUAGAAACAAUAAACCACUAUUAGCUUCUUCCAAGAAAAAAGAAGUGUUCGACGGAGAAAAUAUCGUUUUGGAAAUUGUAAAUGCUGAUAGCGAAGAAGAUGCAGGUGAUUACAAAUGUGUAGGAACUAACACAUUUGGAACUGCCACACAUGGUGCAAGAGUGUCAGUCGACGUUCCACAAGUGAAAUUCACUCGACCUUUGACUGACGUAGAAGUCGAUGAAAAACAAUCAAUAUAUUUGGAAUGUGAAACAUCACAUACAGUGUCUACUAAAUGGCAAUUAAACGGUAAAGAACUCACUGGAAUGGACCACAGAGAAUUGCACCAAGAAGGACGAGUUCACCGUUUAAUCAUAAGAAAAUCAACCAUUCUUGAUUCGGGGAAAUAUACUUGUCUAGUCAAGGAUCAGACUACUUCCAGCAAUGUGAUUGUUCAUGACGUUAAAGCUGAGUUUGUUAAAAAACUCGAAGAUGUCGAAGUGAAAGAAAACGAUUGCGCAAUUAUGGAAGUUGAAGUUUCUUCAGAGACAGCAAAUGUUACUUGGCACAAGAAUGGUGAGAUGCUUACUGACGGUAUGAACAGUAAAGUGUUCUUCGAAAAAGACGGUCAAACACGUAAACUUAUUAUUCGAAGCAUAUCGGUUCAUGACGAUGGUGAAUAUACGUGUUCUUUAGGUGACCAAGAAUGUACUGCAGAAAUAAAUGUUAUAGAACUUGCGCCACAAAUAAUAACAAAACUGAAAGAUCAAAAAGUGGCUACUGGCGAACAAGUUUUAUUCGAAAUUGAGUUAACGAAAGGUGAUGCAUUAGUAAAAUGGACCAAAGAUGGUAAAGAGAUACAAUUGAAUAACAAUGUAAGAUUAACCAUUGACGGUAAACGACAGAAAUUAGAAAUUGUCAAAGCUUCUAAAACUGAUACUGGUGUUUAUGCGUGCCAAGUUCAUGAACAGACGUGUACGGCAAAAUUAACUGUUGAAGAACCAAGAGCUAGUUUUGUUAAGAAAUUACCAGACAUUACACUUGCCGUUCAAGGCAGCGAUAUUAAACUAACAGUGGAGUUAUCUAAAGUAGACGUACCAGUUAAAUGGUUAAGGUCCGGUAAAGUAAUUAAAGAAUCUGAUAAAUAUGAAAUAAUUACCGAAGGGGCCGUACACACACUGAUUAUCAAAAAACCUACAACUAGCGAUGAGGCAGAAUAUAUUUGUACGGCCGUCAACGUAAAAACAUCGACAAAAUUAAAAGUCGAAGUUAAAGAAGAACCACCAAAAAUAAACAACAUUGAAAAAGAGUAUCGUUUGAAAAAUGGAGAAGACCUAAUUGUGAAUGUAACAUUUACAUCGACCGUACCAUCGACAGCAGAAUGGUUCGUCAACGGAACUGUUCUUAUAAAAUCAAACAGAGUAUCGUACUCUGUUAACGAAUCAUCAGCUAGUUUGACCAUCAAAAAGAUAGAAGAGGCAGAUACAGGUGUUCUAACAUUAAAAUUAAAAAAUAUUUAUGGUGAAACCGCUGCAAAUAUAGACAUCAUCGUAAUCAAGCUUCCGGAUGAACCAGGAAUUCCGGACAUUAUCGAAAUCACGGACACUUCGGUUACUCUUCAUUGGAAACCACCACAAUUCGAUGGAAAUUCGCCAAUUGUCGGUUAUGUGGUUGAAUAUCAUGACAAAGACGAAUUCAUGGUGUAA